UUUCCGACCGUUACUUGGUCGAGUCGAGAUCGCAGCUGUUCAGCUAAAACAAGGCCUCCAACCAUGCGUUCCCCGCGAAACAUCCACACGUUCUACAACCCCCAAACCAAAACCUGGAGCGGUUCCAAAACACCUCCCCUGUACAACCCGCACCAAUCGCUGGGCGAGCUAAUCCUAGCAAUCCUGAAAAAGAACCCAACGAAAGUAACACAAAUUAGUGCCGACUGUGGAACUGAAGUGACCUGCCUGGAAAUGCGUCUGCGGACGAUCCGCGUAGCACAGCACUUAACCGCCAUGGGUUACGCCCAGCAAGAUGUUUUUGCGAUGGCUGUCCGAAAUGGAAAUCUGGUUGCUCCGACCAUUUUUGCCUGCUUUGCCCUCGGUAUCCCGGUGAACACUCUGGACGGUACGUUUAAACGUGAUGAGUUUAGCUUUAUGCUGGAAACGGUUAAACCAAAGCUUGUUUUCUGCGACCGGGAGACGCUCGAUGAAAUGCUGGGAGCUAUCAAAAUGGCCGCCAUUGAUGCGGUGGUAAUAAUUUUCGGCGAGAAAGUAGAUGGUUUUCUACACAUUGAAGAACUUAUUAAACCGACAGGAAAAGAACAUGAAUUUGUCCCCGUCCACUUCGAGGACGCCUCAUCAAAACUAGCCAUUAUCGUAUGCUCCUCGGGAACGACCGGUCGUUCCAAGGGGGUCUGCUUCUCCCACUCGAUGUGCAUCGCCAGCAUUGUCGGUAUGCUUGACUGCAACUCUACGGACAUAUUGCUCGGAUUCAGCUCACUGUAUUGGUUAUCGGGACUAGCCUUCCUGCUGCUGGGUACCGUUAGCGGAGCUACGCGCAUCAUCACUCGACACCCGUUCGAACCUACGCUGGCUCUGGACAUAAUCGAACGAUUCCGCGUCACCUUAGCCUUCUUUCCGCCGGCGAACGCAACCGCGUUGAUUAAGCAUCCACGUACGGCGGGAACGGAUUUUUCCAGUAUGCGAUUAUGGUUUUCUGGUGGCGGUAUGGUGUCUGGUUCGUUGAAAAAUUCAUUCGAGAAGCUUACGCCAGCUGCCACGUUCCAUGUCGGGUACGGGUUAUCCGAAGCUGGAGGGAUUGUUUCUUUGUCCGAUUAUGAUAGCUACAAGGAGGGGUGUACCGGAUAUCUGAAAGGCACUUGCCAGGCGAGAGUGAUCGAUGACGCAGGAAAUACGCUGGAUAUUGGUCAGGAAGGGGAGAUUCUUGUCAAACUGGAUUACAUGUUUCUGGGAUACUACGGAAACAGUGAAGCUACGUCGGAAAUGUUGGACGGCGAUGGAUGGUUGCAUACGGGAGACAUUGGACGAUUUGACGAGGACGGACUUUUGUUUAUAGUGGAUCGAAAAAAGGACAUCAUCAAGUACAAUAACUAUCAGAUCUCGCCAAGCGAAAUCGAAAGGGUGAUACUACAAGUGCCGGGAGUAGCGAAUGUUUGUGUAGUGGGUAUUCCGGUUCCAGGUAAUGACCUACCGGCGGCGUUGGUCACCAGUACUGUUGGAGUGAAGAUCACUAAAGACGAUAUUAUGAAAAUAGUGGAGAGCGAUCUGAGCAAUUAUAAACAUCUGCGAGGAGGCGUGUACAUAGUCGAUACACUGCCGAUGACGCCUUCGGGAAAAGUAGUGCGAAGAAAGUGCCGUGACAUCGCUGUCGAGUUGUACAAUAAUUGCAGUAAAGUGAAGUGAUUUUUAUCAAACACAAGUUUGACUCUAGUAUCAAAAAUAUCUUCUUAGAAUUAAAUUAAGAAUGGGAAAUAAUUCCUAAUUCCUG